AUGAGGAGCUGCAAGACCUUGUCUGACCCAGUGUCCUGGAGGGGUCAGGUGACCCUCAUGGGGAAGAUCUCUCUUGGGCUCACCCUGCACCUGUGGGACAUGUAUUUGCUGGAAGGGAAACAGGUGUUGAUGGCAAUAACAAGCAUUGCCUUUAAGGUUCAGAGGAGUAUCUAUGAAGAAACUAACAAGGAAGCAUGGGGACCUGCCAUCCCCAGGGCCCUCAAAGGCACUGGAGGAGCCAGACCCAUUUGUGGGAGCCCCCACCCCUCCCUGUGAGCACUGACAGCCUCAGAGAGCAGCAGAGGCCCCUCAUUCCUGCAGACCCCUCCAAGGGUGCCAGGACAACAAGGCUUGAGCCAGGGAGACGAGGGAAUCAGUGUCUCUGACCCCCAGAGCAUUCAGGGAGAGGGCACAGGUGGGACCGCACUGGAAGAGACAGAUGAGCACAGGAGCCCUGGCCUGAGAGAGGUGUGGGAGGAAGGCCAGAGCAUCUACUGGGAGCUGAGGGCUGAUGUCCACCUGGGUACCGUCCAGGUUCUCUGCAUGGACAAGUACAGGCUGGAGGAGCUGCCUGGACGAGGCAUAGCUGUUGUUGGUGGUGACCAGCACAUCUGCGAAUGGAGACUGCGCCAGCAAUGA